AUGUCUCGACCAACUGGUCUCAUCGCCUCAAAGGGCAUCGAACUCCUCACUUGGGGCACACCCAAUGGUGUCAAGGCCCAGAUCCUUCUCGAGGAGCUUCGUGAUGCUUAUGGAACAGACUCCACCAUCCAAGGCAUCGACAUUAGCAAAAAGGUCCAAAAGGAGCCGUGGUUCACUGCCCUUAACCCUAAUGGUCGUAUCCCAGUGUUGGUUGACCAUGAUAACAAUGACCUCGCUGUGUUCGAAGGGAAUGCUAUUCUGAGCUAUCUGACUAGAAAGUACGACCCGGAGUAUAAAUUCUCUUUCAAGAUUGAUGAUGAUGAUUACACUCGUGCUGAAUCGUGGAUUGGAUGGCAGCAUGGUGGGAUUGGACCUAUGCAAGGUCAAGUCCUACACUUUCUCUACGAUGCCAAACCCGCAAUGCCAUAUGGUAUCCAGCGCUAUGUCGGAGAGACCGAACGUUUGUACGGCAUCCUGGACAAGCGCCUUUCGGAGCGAGACUACAUCGUUGGUCCUGGCAGAGGUCGCUACUCCAUCGCGGACAUUGCCCUCAUCGGCUGGGCCGAUCGUCUACCGCGAACCACAAUCUCGUGGGACCAGUAUCACAACGUGAAGGCUUGGUUUUCUCGUAUUCUCGAGAGGCCUGCUGUACGACGCGGUAUGUUACUGCCCACUAAUGAGGAAAAGCCGACGGGGCUGGACCCUGUGGAUGAAGAGACGAGGAAGAAGCGUGCGGAUCUCAAGGUGAUUGUUGAUAAAGCAAAGGAGCAGUUUGGAUACAAGUAUUCUUCGCCGUAA